GAUGAGAGCGAGCGAGCGCGUGCGCGCGGCUGGAGAGCGAGAGCGCGCGCUGCGUGUGCGUGCGCGUGCGUGCGAGAUGGACAGCGUCCGCGUCUUUCAUCGCGGCCGCUCGUUUUGAUAGUCGGCGUACGAUAAAGUGAAGAAGAAGAAGAAAAAAAAAAGACGACAGGGAGAUUGUGCAUGAUGGAGAGGAAAUGGAAUGGUGUGAGUGAAGGAGGAGGGGGUGGUGGUGGAGGAGGAUGAAGCUUCAGGGUGCAGAACCGCGGCGUUUAACGCGUCUUUUUCUUUUCGGGUGUAUUUUAUGUUUGAUUGACCCAAACGCGUUAUGCAAUUAUGCAGCGGACGAGAAAUAAAAGAAAACAUCUGGAUCUUCUGUAGCGCGCGCUCUCAACGUUGGGAGAUGUAGCGGAUUUCUGGGAGAGGAAACAUGACAUCCAGCUCACCUGAUCUCUCUCUCUCUCUCUCUCUCUCUCUCUGCAAGUGUCUCUUUGGUUCUGGUGGGCCUGCAGAUCUUUUGUAAGGUGCAUUGUGGUGUGUGAUGUGGACACCUGCAUGUCUGCAAAUGCACAUAGAUAUAUGUGUGUGUGUGAGAAACAGAUGUGGAUCUCGUAAAGGUUCAGGUGCAUUGGAUGUACAUCUGAUGGACUCAGAGCAGGAGCACGGCACGCAGGAGGGCCUGGAGUGGAGUAGAAGCUGAGCUAUAAAGCACAUCAGCUUUCUGUGUUCUCUCGAUGCAGGCCACACGCAUCUCAGCAUCUUCUCACCACUAGCACCGACCUGCGUCCCUCUGUGAUCGUCCACCUUUCUACCAUGAACAGACCUGGUAUGCUUGAAAGCGUCAUGGCAGCCUUUGGCUUUGCGUCUGCAGCACAGCAGAUGCUUCAGUAAGCAGUGUGGUACCUGCGGCCCAACCCGGCCGCCUCGGCUGCCCCGGCCUAUUGGCGGCGUGGCCGGCUAAGUGAGGGGCUCUGCGCUCCUGGAAUGGGCAGCGUGGGCAGUGGAGCCUCCAGCCAGCGGGCCAUCACCAUGCGAAGUGUGGGCACGCGGACCACCCCAAACGGGCCCCUGGCGCCCGCGCUGCCCCCAAACUCUGUCCGCCGGCGUCUGGAUGAUCGCAGCUUCAGCGCUGACCGUCUGCCUGCUCCAGCCACAAAGACCGCAGGCGUCACUGCCAACGAGCACUCUGAGCGCUCAGCCGCUUCUCACAACACUAAUCGGCAGCACACCGUCAAUGGUGAGCGACUGCUCUCAAACACUUCUUUCUCCAAUGGGCCCAUGAGGAGGGAACCAGGCCACAGGCGAGGUGAGAGCCUGGAUUUGUGUGGAAACAGCAUAGUCCUUAACAACAACAACAAUGAAAACAAAAACAGCAGCCAUCAAGCACCAGCGCAGCAGCAUCAUCAGCACAAGGACAAGAGCAAAGCCAAGACGGACAACCACAACCCUCCCAACAUCCUGCCUAUCUCUGGCAAGCUGGAGCAAGCACAGGUACAACAUGGCCUGAGCACCGAGGGAAAGGACCCAGAUGCACUGGUUCGUCCCUCUGCCUUCAAGCCUGUGGUGCCCAAGAGCUUUCAUUCCAUGCAAAACCUGGUGUGCCCCCUUCAGACCAGCGUAGGUGCAAGUGGGGGCACAUCGAGCAGUGGUGGAGGUGACAGAGGUGGCCAGGGCACCUCAGGAAUUCGCCCAGAUGAAGAAACCACUAACAGCCGAGGAACACACUCUGGUGGAGGAUUACGAGCAGGCCAAGGCAGCUUGUCUGAUUCUGGCAGGAAUUCGCUGACCAGUCUGCCCACGUACGCAGGUACAGGCUCAGGCUACGGCCCUCCACCGGCACUUGGACCUCUUAGUGCCUCCACCAGCCACAUCAACCGUCUGGGUACAGCAACAAGUGGCCUGGACAAGACCGAUAAACCGGGCUAUCAGAAUGGGUUGAGCGCCUCUGACAGUGGCCACUCGUCUUCGGGCAAAAGCUCAUCAUCUUAUCAGCGCCUCAGCCACUUAAGUGACGCUCCGGCACCCUUGCGGCCAUCUCCAUCCUCUGAUGACGUCAUUCGUGACCUGGAGGACCGCUUGUGGGAAAGAGAGCAAGAGGUGAGGAUGAAGGUGCUCCAUAUGAGACGGAACCUGGAUCAGAGCGAGGCUGCAAUCGUGCAGGUGUUCGAGGAAAAGCAUCGGGUGUGGGAGCGUGAAAUGGAGGAACUGAGACAGAACUAUGCGGGGCGGUUGCAGCAGGUGACCCGACGCGCCCAGCGUUCCCAGCAGGCCCUGCAGGCCCAGAUCAGCCGCUUGCAGCAGGACAAGCACAGGCUCCAGGAUGAGAUGACUCUGCUCCUGGCCCAGCGUGAAGAGCUAGAGAAGAAGUGCCUGGACUAUAGGAAGGAGCAGGCUGACCUCCUGCCCAAGCUGGAGGAGACCAAGUGGGAGGUGUGUCAGAAGGCAGGUGAGAUCUCCUUGCUGAAACAACAGCUGAGGGAGAGCCAGGGCGAGGUGACCCAGCGUGCUGGAGAGAUGGUGGCUCUGAGGAAUCAGCUGAAGGAGCUGAAUGCCCAGCUGAGGGAGCGGGAGCAGGCCGAGAUCAGCCUGAAGGAGUCCUUCUGCACCAAGACGCUGGAGCUGGAGCGCUGCGAGGCAGAACUGCAGGCCAUGCUGGCCGAGGUGACCGUCCUGAGAGACAAGCUGAGUGCAUUUGAGACAGAGGUAGCUGGGCUGAAGAAAGCCCUGAGUGAGCUUAGCAACACCACUAGCACUCGCACAACUGAGUCCAGCUUGUCCGAUAUGGGUCAGCUGGUGCUGUCUCGCAGCCGGGAACGCCUUCUAUCUCCCAUGAGCCCACCGGAGACGCCCACCUCGUUGCCCCCUCUUUCGUCGCUGCCCUCUGUGCCCUCACUGCCCCCUGUGCCCUCACUUCCACCUUUGCCUGCACUGCCUGCCCCGGACCCGCUGCUUAGCCUGCAGAGCGAUGAUUCCAAGGUGCAGAGGCAGGAAGCAGGAGACCUGCGGCGCCAGCUGGAGCUACUUCAGGGGGAGCUACGUCUGGAGCGGCAGCAGCGCGAACGCCAGGCGCUCACCUUCGCCCACGAGCGCCAGACCUGGCAGGGAGAAAAAGAGCGUGUGCUCAAGUACCAGGCACAGCUGCAGCUCAGCUAUGUAGAAAUGCUUCAGAAGAACCAGGCACUGGAGGAGCGUGUUGACCAGCUCGGGGCCCAGCUGGCCACUCCGAUCAUGGUAUCUCCGGCAACACCAACUUUGCCACCUCCUUCUACCAGUUCCGAGGGGCCUACUACAGCGCCAGUGGCCGUGUCAAUCACCUCCCCGACUCCCCCUGUUGAGGAGAAAAAGGUGCCUGCGCUGCACCAGCUGGCACCCCCGUGGCCCGUUCCCACUCGUCUGGAGAGGAUUGAGUCAACAGAGAUAUAAUGCCAGUAAAUGUGACCUCUUUGAUGCAGUAUAAAAAAAAAGAAACACUUAGAGCACCAGUUACAAUAGCAUUAAGUACAAACCCUCCUGAAACAAAAACGUCAUGUCUAUACCUUCUGAGGACAGUCCAAGGAUGCCCUGCUGAGUGAGGCAGACGUCAGGGUUGAGGGGUGCAAGUUGCUAAGUAAUAUGUUUGUGUGGCCUUAUGACUGACCUAGGAAAAGCUCUGGAUCCUAAAAGGUUGCUUUGGGUGGUUGGGGGUGUAGGAAGAGCUGGCCCUGAGUCUGUAGCCAAGAGGAACGUGAGUAGAUUGAACACUCAGGGGAUAAGGGAUCAGGCAUUAAUAAUCCAGAUUUAAGGCUAGACUGUUGUAAGCUAGCUCUCAAUGCACGGUAUAAAUCUGUAUCAACAGCUCUCAAGUUAAACUUUAAAGACACAACUGAUAUUAUUUAAGGGUGCAGUUUUGUUAAGUCUAUAAAUUUAUUAUUUCAAUAAACCUCUUGCCAGUUUUUAUUUCUUUCGAUUUCUUAAUUGUGAAAAACUAUUUUAAUUUCCCGUGCUGGCAAAGCACUACUAAACGCCACCCCUUUCCUCAACACGUGAGGCCUGAAUGGAACGGUUUGGCGGGAAUAGGAAAGUUUUCUAAUAUUUGCAUUUUCACAUCAGCAACCACCAAAACAAAUUACAAACUGCUCCUUUAAAUAACAUAUAUAAACCGUACAGCUAACAAGAAAUAUCUCAAACAGAAUCCAUAUUAGCUAAAGAGACUUAAACAAAAUGUAAUUAGCAGAUACAGGGAGAUGCUGAGAUACUGAAUCACUUCCUGUCUAUGGUGCUUGUCCAUACCACACCAGUGUGUGUGUUUAUUUUAUUAAAUUUUUUUCCAAAAAUGAAGGACCAAAUAUUGAAGAGGCGUUGCUGGUCUCGAGUUCCCUCAUAGUGGACGUAGUCGUGCUAGUGAUUACCAGUGGACUCCAAGACCCUGGGGUGUUGUAUAGGAGCGUGCCUCAACCCUCCUGCUCUGAUAGCAAAAGCAGGGGCGGAGGACCGACACCUGGUGAUUUGACUCGAAAAUGUAUUACCAGAACAUUUCUGCUUUUCACCUUUGUAUUCAAUGUUUCCGAAACAAUGUAGAAUAUAUUAGAGAGCGAGCGAGAGGUAUUGAAAAAAACAAAUGAACAAAAAAAAAACAAAUAGUUUUAAUGCACUUUGCUUUGGUCUCAGACAAUGCUUCUUUAUAAGAGAGGUGUGUGUGUUUGAUGAACAGCAUCUGCUGAGUGAUGUUUGGUUUAUGAAGCUGCUAGUUAGCGGAGGAGUCAGCGGCUGAGCCAAAAAAAAUUAUAUAUAUAUAUAUAUAUAUAUAUAUAUAUAUAUAUAUAUAUAUAUAUAUAUAUAAUAUAUUAAAAAAGAAAAAGUGCUAAGAGGGCAGUUAAAUAGCAUGUGGUCGGAGCACUUCUGAAGCACGGUCCGUCCACUGCUAUUAAACUAAUGAGUGUGUUUGAGUGGGUCCUUACCUUCUUCCAAAAAAAGAAUAUGUGUCAAUGUAUACUUUCUGAAAGUAUCAUUUAGAAUAUUUGACUUAAAAAAAUCUCUUUAUAUAUAUAUAAUAUGCAGUAGAUUGAAGUGAUGUUUUGAAGUAAGUACACCGUGUACACAGGCUUCGUUGCCAUAUCUGAGUGGGAGAUAAAGACUGAAACGUGACUCGUGUGCUUGUUGAAGGGGAGUAGGUCGGUCGUAUGAGUGUGUAGCGUGGAUCCAGAUGGUUAUAGACAUAUUUACAACCCAGUGGUGACGAGAAGAUGGAGGUGGAAAAGUGGUAGCAUUCAAUAAAAAUAAAAAAAACACGAAGAAAAACUAACACCUUCUGUCACAAAGCCUUCAUCAUCAUCAUCAUCAAUUUUUAGCGUACCAUGUGACAAUCAUGGGUUCGACAAAUCAUGUGAUAUUAUUCUUUUAUUAUAAAUGCUCAUUGAUACCAUAGAUGCCCAAUUGUUGAGUUCAUCUACAAAUGAAAUCGCUCAGGUAUCGCAUUUGGUGUCGAUUAGCAAAAAAGGGGCGCAGCGAAAGAUGCAGGAUAUUAGAUAGAAGAAGCAGUUAGUAGCUUUAUACUCUUAUUAUAAUCCAAUCCACCUGAAUCCAUGUAGGUUACAUGAGAAAUUAGGCAUGUGCUGAUAACGUGUGAAACAAUACACAUGAUGUCAUAAAACUCAUUAAAAUAACAUUUUAAUUAUGCAAAUAAAAUUUGCAUAAUGGGUAGGCAAUAUGGACAACAUGUCAUAUCACAAUACUUUUUUACCAUGAAACUUUAUUUAUUCAUUAAUAUCUGGUUUUGAACUUUCUUCGGGGGUUGUUCAUGGUAUAGGAAAACCAGACUAGACCAAAUUGAGUUUCUCUUGAAUUUUAUUUUCGUGAUAUUCAGCAACUUAUCUCAAAUUCAACCUAAAACUCAAUUCAAUAUUCUGGUGUUUUCUUGGCAAUUUCAAGUUAAUCAAAUUCAUAUUUAAAUUUCAAUCAAAUUCUACAUCCAAACUAUUCGGAAAUGCAAACUGGCACAGAUUUAUUGUCAUUCAGCCAAUCAGCAAUCAAGAAAUUAUAUUAUUUCAGAUCAUUUUGUAAAUAAUUUUUAACUCAAUCUCAUAACCGUAAAGAAUCAUAUAAAUCAUAUUUACAAAAUGUAAAUUGACAUUGUAAUGCCACAUUUAUCAAAAAACAAGCAAGUAUAUAACUUUUAACCAAUAAAAACCUAAAUGAAACCUUUUCAUUUACUUACUCACAAAAUAAAUAAUGACAGAUGUUGUAAAAGUUCUGAUGAUACCCCGGAUACUAUCCGUAAGGGUUAUUGCAAUUUAUUCAUAGUUUUAUUUUACAGUUAUCAUAUUGCAUGCAUUGCAGUAUCGAUACCAGGUUGCUCAUUAUCCCUCCCAAAACAUUGCUCUUGCUUUUAGAAAUUGCAUACAAACCGAGUCUGAUAUCUGAGCAAACCGCUUCAGAAAAAAUACACUUAAGUGAUACACUUAAGGUAGAAAUAGGGACCACAUGUAAGUUAUGAACUAUAAUAUGGAUUAAAAUAAAUAUUGUGAUUUCUUCUUCUACACAAAAUGGUAUCAGCACAUGUCUAGUACUUAAUUAAUCUUAAAAGCUAAGAACUACACUAAUAUUUAUCCCAUCAUACUGUGUUUUCCAUAUCAUGUGACCAGAUUUAUGAAAUAUUUAUUUAUUUGUUUGUUCGUUUGUAUGUUUGUUUCUUUGUUUAUUUAUUAGCUUUAUGACACUGGGUGUUAAGCCAGACAUAACCUACAAAGCUUUAGAUGGACACCACCCCUCUACUGUCUUUGGCCACAUUUGCUGCUAUGUAAUUCUGUUGUGUCCUGCUGUGUUCUUGGUAGAGACAAAGGGGCAGUUGACUGCAUGUAAAUAUCAUUGUUAUUUAUGUGUACAUAUCUAUUCUAUCCAAAUAUACCGAGCUAUUGCGUGUGAAUACUUUUGUGAAUUCAAUGAGACUGACAUGUCAGCUUUUAUUUUUCAAACUAUCGAUAUAGGAAUAUAAUAUAAUAUAUUAAAAUCUUUACAAAAAAAAAAAAUGUUCGAUCGGCCAUUACGUGUUAUAAGAAAGGGAAGACCAUGAAAGCUCCUGAUGUCUAUUUUCCACCGUCUCAUAUUUCUCAAAAUGUUUGAAGGGAGGACAAACUGGUGCCACUGUUUUCAUUCAGAUUUUUUUAUUCUUAAGGGGAAAAAAAGCAUAUCAUAGCAAAUAUCAAUGAGUUUAAUGAAUAAAGAUAUGAAUACAAUUAAGUCUGAGGGGUUUUAAGUUUUUUUUUUUGUUCAUAGGACCAUAGAAUGAGCAAAGGUUUGGGAGAAAGAUUACAACGAGAUACAGUGACACGUUAAAUCACAAAUUGAAUUCAGAGAAACACUUGGAGGUGAGCUUCACCAACAAGGAUUAGGAUAAGCAGAGUGUUUUAUUUUAUUUUUUACUUUCAUUUGUGUUGUACUGCUUAAUUUCAUUCAUGGCUUAAUAAACCUGCGAUUUAAAACCUCUCA